AUGCCUCCUAGACGUCGUCCUCUCUGCGACUUUAACCAAGACCCGCGUCCCGAAGAAAAUGGUGAGGAAGAGUUGCCACCUCCACCUCCACCGCCACCAUACAAUGACGGAAUACACCCAGCCUUAGUACAAUUUAUAGCUGAUGCCACUAGACACCUUACUGAAGCAAUAUCACAUAUUCCACGACCUAAUGAACGAGCUGAACCCAUAGGUUGUUCGUUGCGUGAUUUUGCUAGUUUCCAUUUUCGAACUUUUGAAGGAACCGAAAGACCGAACGCUGCAAAAGCAUGGCUCACAGACAUAGAUGCAUUGUACACUACUCUCGGUUGUACCGACGAGCAGAAAGUUCAGUAUCUCGCACUGCAGCUGAUGGGUGAAGCUGGGAUAUGGUGGAAUGCGAGGAAGGUGCUACUUGGGGAAGAAACAGUGAUCACUUGGGAGAUGUUCAAAGUGGAGUAUAAUCGGCGCUUUUUCCCUCGAUCCCAGAGACAAUUGCGAGCAAUAGAAUUCCAAAAUCUUGUUCAAGGUAAUAUGACCAUAGAACAGUAUUCUGCUAGAUUUAUGGAAUUAGCCAGGUUUGCGGCCAAUCUUAUUCCAGAUGAAGAAUCGAAGGCGGAACGAUUUGAACAUGGCCUCAAUCCUCGCACUAAGGAGAGAGUGAUCUGCCACAAGAUCAAAGAUUAUGCUAGGUUGGUAGAAGUUGCAUCGCUCGCGGAAAGAGGAAUCCGCGAAUCAGCAGCAGCCUACGAUUUGAAGAGGCGAUUAAAACAUCAAACAUCGUAUUCAGAAAAGAGGCUAGCAAUCGAGAGUGAUUCCAAGUUAAUUGACAACAAGAAUUUCUCGCCCACGCUAGGAAACCAAAAACCCCUUUGUGAUAAGUGUGGAAAACCGCAUGCGGGAGAAUGUAGGAUGACGAAUCCAAGCUGUUUCAAGUGUGGUAAGCCUGGUCAUGUCCAAAAGUAUUGUUCCAUGACCUCUGAUAAAGGAUCAAAGCCGCAAGGAGGCGAAUCUCGACAACAGUAUCCUGCCCAAGCACGAGUAUAUUCACUUAUCCCUGGUGGUGCUGAAGAAGAUGAGGAAUAUACAGAUGCGACGGUAGGUACCAUUCUUUAA